CAUUUUUUCAAUGCAAGACUCGGCCUGCAUAAAUUAUGUUCAUGACGUAGUGCAAAAGAGCAAAUUUGUGUUAAUUUUUAGCCACUUUUCUGCAGAUAAGGGGUUACCUUGGCUAUUAAGGUGCACUUGCUUCACCGGCACCACAGUUAACGCAAAGACGUCAUUAAAUAUUUAGUUAAAAAGAGGAGCAGCGUUUUCCCGAGCCUCCUUAUCAAUGCAAAUAGCUCUUUUGUGUGCAUUCGUAGCGCGCGUCGGGAGCUGUGAGAUGAAUUUUUAAUUAUGCAUAUUUAAAAGAAACUGUGGCAAAGCUUGCCGAAGGAGGAGAAAUAAAGGAAAUAUCCCACCUUUCAGCGGCUGCGACCGCGGAGCUGGUAACAUCCCCUUCAACCACUAUGCAGAAUCAUUGAUCUCCUCAGAACUUGGACGUCAUCAUGGAAACUGAGGAUCUCCCUGAAAACAAUGCGCCUCUCACAGUCAAUGAACAGCUUUUAGGUUCCUGCACUUUGAAAUUCCCAGCACAAGACGACCAGGUCAUUGUCAUGUCAGGUCAGGAGACCAUCCGUGUGUUGGAGGUGGAAGUGGAUACAGCCUUGUCUUCCUCAGGGGCUGAUGGGAAGUUGGAGUCAGGAGGCGAGGAGGGCGCUAGUCAGACCCUGGAUGCAGCCGAGGAGGGUCCGUUGGACAGUCCAGUAACCACAAGCACGACUACAGCUGUGUCUGUGGAGGUCUCAGCACCUGCAGUCCAGACCGUGGUCUCCACAGCCCCCAUCAGUUUGUCUCAGGCCCAGCCGCAGACCAGCAUACCCAUCACUGUCCAGGCCUGCCCACAGGUCCUGACUCAGGAUGGCUUGGCCUCUCUGAUGACGGGCAUGUUUGCCCAGCAAGGUUCUCUGGGUCAGCCUUUGCUCAUUCCUUUAAGUAUGGCUGGGUCUGUGGGUGGUCAGGGUGGUCUGGCAGUGCUCACCUUACCCACCGCCACUGUCGCCACCAUCCCUGGUCUCACGGCUGUCAGCCCUGCCGGAGGACUGCUCAAGCUGCCGUUUGCUGGACUGCAAGCUGCUACUAUGUUGAACUCUGUCCAGACGCAGCUGCAGGCACCUGCGCAGGCGGUCCUGCACCCCCAGGUGUCUGCACUGCAGUCCAUGCAAGCGGCCCUGCAGCCAGCGCAGACCACGCCAGCCACCACCGCCACCGCAUCUGUCGUGCAGAAGGUGUCAGAGCCUAGUGUCUCUGUCGCAACACUUCAGACUGCAGGCCUGUCCAUCAACCCUGCUAUUAUUAGCGCAGCCUCUCUGGGAGCUCAGCCUCAGUUCAUCAGCUCUCUUACUACAACUCCCAUCUUCACCAGCGCCAUGUCAAAUGUGGCAGGACUCACAAGUCAACUCAUUACCAACGCACAGGGCCAGGUGAUUGGAACACUUCCUCUGCUGGUCAACCCUGCAUCACUGGCUGGAGCUGCGGCAGCCUCUGCGUUACCCGCUCAAGGCCUGCAGGUCCAGACCAUGUCCCCGCAGCUGAUUUUGAACUCCCAGGGCCAGAUCAUUGCUACGAUAGGGAACAGUCCAACAGCGGUUGCCCAGUCCGCAGCCUCCGUCCUCCCCAAAUCCACUGUGCCCUUGACACUUACCAAAACCACCACGCAGGGUCCUAUUGGAAAAGUGGCCCCAUCUAAAGUCAUCAUUGCUCCCCAGCCACAAGUGGUAAAAUCAGUCACAUCCCUCACCUCUACUGGUGCCGUCGCCUGUGGAGACGUGCCUACCGUGGGGCAGCUUGUCAGCAAGCCACAGUCUGCUGUGAAUGAAGAAGAGGCCAUUAAUCUGGAGGAGAUUCGGGAGUUUGCCAAGAAUUUUAAGAUUCGACGGCUCUCUCUGGGCUUGACACAGACUCAAGUUGGCCAGGCUCUCACUGCUACAGAGGGUCCUGCCUACAGUCAGUCAGCCAUCUGCAGAUUUGAGAAGCUUGACAUCACUCCUAAAAGUGCCCAGAAGCUGAAGCCUGUGCUGGAGCGCUGGCUGGCCGAGGCCGAGCUCUGGAAUCAGAAAGGUCAGCAGAACUUAAUGGAGUUUGUGGGCGGAGAACCCUCCAAGAAGCGCAAACGGAGAACGAGCUUCACGCCGCAGGCCAUUGAGGUCCUCAACACUUACUUUGAGAAAAACUCCCUUCCGACUGGCCAAGAGAUUACAGAGAUCGCAAAGGAGCUGAAUUACGACCGAGAGGUGGUUCGGGUCUGGUUUUGCAACCGUCGACAGACUCUUAAAAAUACAAGCAAGAUCAACGUGUUUCAGGCCCAGUAGGACAAUGACGUAUCUCUUAAAGAGCAACAGAAGAACUUUUUGGAUGUUGAUGAUGCAUUGGUGCUAGUUGCAAAAUGACUGAAAUAACUGAUUUGCUGUUGCGAUGAAGCCAGCGGCACUCGAAUUGUGUGCGGUCUUAGAAUAGUAUCAAACAUACUCUUUCUGUUGUUUUUUUGUUUUCCGUUAUACUGCAUGCAGAGUGACCUUUUGCCAUGCCAUCACACUUUUCAGUGCUAAAUGGCUUUUGAACUAUUUAAAAUAUGGACGAAGCUACAAGAUCCAGUCGUUGCUGUUUUUAAAAAUAAGCACUUCAUUAAUACGAAAUAGAAAGCUUGCGAAAUAUGCUUUCAUUUAGUUUUUUCUUUUUCUUUUUCAGAAACUAACAAUAUUUUGACCCUUAAAAUUGUUUUUGGCUGUAGCAAUCCCAGCUAUGGCUUUCAUAUAGUACAUUUAAGAGGCUAUUUAAUAAUUUGACUGAUAUUUUAUUAUUAUUCAUGUGUUCAUGUAGUUUUGCUGUAAGCUGUGUGAUUUGUACAAUGCCUGAGACAGAUAAUUGUUUUUUGGUUAUCUUAAACCUUCCAAAAAGUCCAUCUAAGAGGGCGUAUUCAGGUCUUUAUUUCAGUUUUCAUUAAUACAGUGAUUACCCUGUCUUUGUGCUUAAAUACUGUAGAUGUGGUUCAGUCAAGUGGACAAUCAUAGUUCUCUGAAUCAGAAAGCAUGCCCUGCAUUUAUGCGUCUACAUUCAAUUUUUUCCAUUUCAGCGAUCAUUGUAAUUUCAUAUGCCAGAGAAUUGUAUGAUUUCAACUGUUUUAAAUAGAAAACCAACUGUAUUAAAAGAUUACAAUGACUGAUUUAUUAGAACAUGUCCUAUGGAUUUUACUGCUUUUGUCAUAACCAGAAGGCAAAUCUUAAUAUUAGGAAAUGAUAUUGAAGAAGACAAACUUUCAUCUACACCUAUAUGUGGCACUUAAACAACUGGAAGUUUUUAUUUUUAUUUAUUUUUUUAUUGUUGUUGAUCGAGCUAUCAAAAAAAAGUUACAAGAUAUUACUAUCACAAAUGCAAUUCAUCAUUACUGAAUUUGAAUUGUGCUCUCAUUUGUACUACAGCCCAUUAGUAAAACAGCCCAGACAGAAGUGUGUUGUUACAUGUUUCACAUGUUUGUUCUAAGCAUAAAGCUAUAUUGUUCUUAUGGACCUUCAAUAUUUAUCUAAUGGAUUCUUAUCUUGAUUAGUACAAUACCAUACAUUUACAUUUUAAUGUUGUGAAGAAGGAAUGGUAUUAGACAAUGUUUUAACAAAUGCUAUAAACAUAGACUAAACAUGUAAAAAGGCAGUAUCUGUUCAGCAUUUUAAUCUGUGCAGAACUUAUCGUUUUUAAAUUAUGCCUAAAUGCAUUUACAGAUUAUAAACAAUGGUAUGGUACUCCAUUAACUAUAUUUAUUUUGUAUCAAUUGUAAUGUUUGGUAUUAACUUGUUAUUUGAAUAAAUUAACGCUAAACCGA